GUGGAAUGGCGUUCGCUAUAGCAGGAAAUUAUGUAGCUGAUUUGAUAGAAAAAGAAUACCCUGAUACGACCGGCGUAUUCGUUAAAAAGAGGUAUAAUAAAACCUCAACCGCACCUACCAAUUCUGAAUCUCAAGAUACAUAA